GUAGGGUACUCCCCCUGUAAAAACAAACAAAGGUGUAUUGGGUAAAGAUCGAAUCAGCCUCAGCACGUACAUGCACAUGGAAUAGAACUGUACAGAGUGUCUAGUAUAGUAGCUAGCCAUGUCUACUACUCUGAUCCAAGUGACCAAUGUGUCACCCUCUGCUGGCCUCCAACAAAUGAGGGAGCUGUUCAGUUACUUUGGAGACAUUGAGGAACUGAGGCUCUUCCGUGAGGAGGAGUUUGCUGCUCUGAGUGUCCCCUCCAAGGUGUGCUUCAUCAACUUCAUGGAGGAAGACAGUGCAGCUGCUUGUCUCCACCUUAGCAACACUGUGCUCAUAGACAGAGCUCUCAUCAUAGCACGAUCAAGACAUGCUGAGAUUCCUGAUAGUUCUGCUGCGAUGUUCCUGGCAGCCCCGGCCAUUGCCCUGGCCAACAGCGCUAGCAAACCAAUGGGUCACACUGCACCUCUCCUCCCGACACCUCCCUCUAUGGGGGCACCAGCACCCACUGGACCAGCCUCCAUGGCUAUGGGAGCUGCUAUUAACCCUGCAGCUCUCUCCCAGCUCACUGCCCCCCUCAUAAUGAUACUACCCACACCUGCCCCCCAGCUAUCCCAGCUCACCGCCCCCCUCUCACUGACCCCACCAAGAUCGAGGAGAUAUGACGCACCAUCUAUGUCGGCAACCUGGCUAGCAACAUGACGGCUGAACAAGUGCUCACUUUCUUCCAGCCUUGUGGUGAGAUCAAGUACGUGAGGAUGGCCGGAGACGAGACCGAACCCACCAGGUGAGGGGUUGCUAGUCAAUUUAGUUUACGUUUGCAGUACCUGAGUCUGUGCCCAUAGCCCUUCAAUACAACGGAGCCAUGUUUGGAGAGCGUCCAAUCAAUUGCAGGCAUACUAUGAUCGAGUGAGGGCCUCCUCCCUGCGUACCACGGUCACAGUGGACCAGGAGGGGAGGGGACAGGGGCAGAGGUUGAGUACCCGAGUACCCCCAGGACCAGUUCAGUAAAGAUGCCCAAACACUCACU